AUGAUGGACUCGGACUUGUCCGGUGCGGACUUUUGUCGCUUCUGUAGAUCGGAGGCCUCAUCCGACCGGCCUUUGUUCCAUCCGUGCAUCUGCACAGGCUCCAUCAAAUGGAUCCACCAGGAGUGUCUCGUACAAUGGAUGCGAUAUUCACGAAAGGAGAUAUGCGAACUUUGCGGUCACCGCUUCUCGUUUAUGCCUAUAUAUUCUCCGGAUAUGCCGCGGAGGCUACCCAUCCGUGAUGUUGUUGGUGGUUUAGUGACCUCUGUGGCAUCAGCGGUAAAAGAUUGGCUUCACUAUACACUCGUCGCGCUUGCAUGGUUGGGCAUAGUACCUCUCACUGCGUGCAGAACUUAUCGAUGUCUCUUCUCGGGGUCCUUAGAUCCUGUUAUUUCACUUCCAUUCGACAUUGUAUCAGCGGAAAACUUAGCAAAAGAUGUUUUUUCUGGUUGCUUUGUUGUCACAUGUACUCUGUUUUCCUUUAUUGGAGUGGUGUGGCUACGAGACCAGAUUAUGCAUGGUGGUGGUCCUGACUGGAUGGAGAGGGAGAAUUUACCUGCUCCACCAGCAGAGGAGCCACUUCAAGAUAACAACAAUGAAAAUCUAAAUGAGGGAGUUGAGGACGUAGGGGCUAGAGAAGAACCAAAUGGAGAUGUGGCUGAAGAUUUGCUUGUUGCUGAUGAAGCAAAUUGGAAUCCCAUGGAAUGGGACCGUGCUGCAGCUGAAGAGUUAACAUGGGCAAGAUUAUUGGGUUUGGAUGGAUCUAUGGUGUUUUUGGAACAUGUUUUCUGGGUUGUAUCAUUAAACACACUUUUUAUAGUCGGUUUUGCCUUCUGUCCAUACCAAAUUGGACAACUGGGAGCAACAAUAGCUGGUUUUACAGCAGAGGGGCCGUUUGCAGGGCCACUUAAAGCAUUAUCAGGAUAUGUGAUUGUUGCAGCCACUUUGGCUAUAUUACAUGCCAUGGCUUCAUUGGUGCGGUUGAGAGGCGCUAAGAAGGCACUUGGCUUCUGCUAUGUGGUAGUAAAAGUGGCGCUCUUGUCUGUUGUGGAAAUUGGUGUCAUUCCACUAGUCUGUGGUUGGUGGCUAGACCUAUGUUCCUUAUCUAUGUUUGAUGCAACGCUAAAAGACAGGGAAGCAAGCCUCCACGCCGCACCAUGGACACUUAUGUUCAUACACUGGCUAGUCGGAAUGGUCUAUGUGUAUUAUUUUGCCUCAUUCAUAUUACUCUUACGAGAAGUAUUGCGACCAGGUGUGCUUUGGUUUUUGAAGAAUCUUAACGAUCCAGAUUUUAGUCCUGUUCAGGAAAUGAUUCAUCUACCAGUUUGGUCUCACAUUCGUCGUCUGAUAGUAUCAGCUAUGGUGUUUGGAACUGCCGUUCUGUUUAUGCUGUGGUUGCCAAUCCGAGUGAUCAAAUAUCUCUUGCCUGGGUUCUUACCUUACGCUGUGGCUGUGCACACUGAAGCUCCUGUCAACGAACUAAGUUUGGAGUUGCUGUUGUUGCAGGUCAUCCUUCCAGCGCUAUUAGAACAGUCUCAUACUCGCACGUGGCUCAAAGCAGGUCUUAGAGCGUGGUGCGCUUGCGCAGCGGGCAUUUUAGGCUUGCGCUCCUAUCUGCUAGGACAGUCGAGCAGGCAAGCAGAUCAAAACCCGCCUCCACAUCCACCGCACCAACUUGGAGCUGCUCAUCAGGCGCUGAUGUGGCGUGAAGGACCGGCUGGUUUUGAGCCCUACGUCCGUGUCUCGUGGUUUCCGUUGCGUCUGGCUGCGUUGCUGGCUCUCAUCUCCAUUUCACUGGUUAUGGCCAGCGCGUUGACACUUGUAAUACCAGUGGCUAUUGGCAGAAAAGUCAUGGCGAUGUGGCUUCCGAAAGCCUCGGAAGGUGUGCACGAGUUAUACACAGCCGCUUGUGGAAUGUACGUAUGCUGGGCAGUAGGAAGAGGCGGAGCCCUAGCAGCCGGUUGGGCGCGAGGAGGUCGCGCUGCGUUGGUUAAUAGAGCGGCAUUAUGGGCGAGCAGGGCUGCUCGAGCUGCUCUCGCUGCAUUAGCAUUGCUUGGCUUAGUGCCGCUGAUGUUCGGUUUAUUAUUAGAACUGGUUUUAGUUAUACCCUUACGGGUUCCUCUGGAACAGUCCCCAGUGCUUUUCGUGUGGCAAGACUGGGCGUUAGGCGUACUAUACACGAAGAUCGUGUGCGCUCUCACUAUGAUGGGCCCCGACUGGAGCAUGCGACGAGCCAUAGAGAAAGCCUAUAGGGAUGGAAUCAGAGAAAUGGAUCUUAAAUUCAUUCUCCGCUCAGUAGCUGCGCCGUUAGUACGGUGGCUUGGACUAGCUCUAGCAGUUCCGUAUGCGUUUGCGCAUAGCGUAGCUCCGCUUGUGGUGGCUUCUGCAGCGCAGCGCAAUCUACUCGCUCGACGCGUCUACCCGGCGUUGCUCAUAAUAUCCGUUUUGGCGGCGCUAGCUGUCUUCCAGAUCCGGCAAUUCCGCAAACUGUACGAGCACAUAAAGAACGACAAGUACCUGGUGGGGCAACGUCUCGUGAACUACGAUCAUCGGCGGCACAAACAGAGCGUCGCCUCCAACUGA